AUGGCGUUGAAUACGAGUGCAGGUGUCGCAGGAAUAACAGCUAGAUGGGGGGAUAUGGUUUUAGAAGAGGAAGAGGCCCUUGCUUUCGAACCAGUGGAGGGGUGGAGUAUAUGCGUCGUGAGGUCAUGGCGUCUGUCUGCAACCGGUAAAGGGGUUCAGAUAACUGAGGUCCAACUGAAUCUCUUCAUGUUUAUUUUCUAUCACAAAACGGACAUGGAGUACGUUCUGGAGGAGGGGCCAUGGUCUUUUGAGGGUAAAACGCUUGUGUGUAGACAGCUUGCCGAGGGGGUUCUACCGGCCGAUGUUGUCCUUGAUUCCGUUGACCUAUGGGUUCAAGUGCAUGAUCUUCCUCUCGGUUACAGUCUGAGCCAAUAUUGGAACAAAUUGGAAAUUUUAUUGGCUCGUUCAUUAAGUUGGACGAUAGAUUCAUUGGCACUCCGUGGAAAGCUUUCUACCGUAUCUGAGUCUCUAUAUCGAGCACAACCAUUGAAGAGAAGAAUGAAGCUCCUUAAACGUGACAAAACAACUUGUUGGGUAAAUUUCAAGUACGAGAGGCUCCAUACCUUUUGUUUCUUCUGUGGUUUGUUACACUACUGA